CGCACACAUUUUUUUCCGAUGUCCAGGAUCUGUUCGGCAAUUUUGUUAUCUGACGCUGCAUUUAGAUGACUUGAUAAAAGAUUGUUGAUUCCUACAUGGAUAACGACAAUAUCAGGUUUUUCUUGUUCCAGUGUUGGUUGUACGUAAUAAUUUAAGUUUUCGACACUUGCUCCUGGGAAUAUCUUAAAUCUCACAUUCCCAUUUUUUAUUUGCUCAUUAAAUUCUUUCACUCGAAUACCUUUUGGUAUACUAUCGGUCAUUAUCCGUAUCUUCUUAGAAUGGUGUACAUUUUGAUGCUCAAGAUUCGUAGCUAAUUGAUCUCUUUCGGGAAACGGAUUGAUAACAGGGUUGGGUCUUCGUCUGUGUGUUACAUUAUUUUUAAAGAUAUUUGACGAGCGAAUAUGGUUGUUAACAUCUACGUGGUGCGUAUUUUGACUCUCCUUCGUAAAAUUACAAUCUUGAUCACCCCAACUUUGUUGAUUAGAAUCGUCAUUAACUUCAACUCUUAGGUCGUUAAAUCUGUUAUGAUGUAAUUCUUCAUUUCUAUUAACUUUAUUUGUAGAAAACCUUGAGGGACCUUUGAUUACGUUGUUCCAUUGAUUAUGCUAUUUAACGACCUAAGAGUUGAAGUUAAUGACGAUUCUAAUCAACAAAGUUGGGGUGAUCAAGAUUGUAAUUUUACGAAGGAGAGUCAAAAUACGCACCACGUAGAUGUUAACAACCAUAUUCGCUCGUCAAAUAUCUUUAAAAAUAAUGUAACACACAGACGAAGACCCAACCCUGUUAUCAAUCCGUUUCCCGAAAGAGAUCAAUUAGCUACGAAUCUUGAGCAUCAAAAUGUACACCAUUCUAAGAAGAUACGGAUAAUGACCGAUAGUAUACCAAAAGGUAUUCGAGUGAAAGAAUUUAAUGAGCAAAUAAAAAAUGGGAAUGUGAGAUUUAAGAUAUUCCCAGGAGCAAGUGUCGAAAACUUAAAUUAUUACGUACAACCAACACUGGAACAAGAAAAACCUGAUAUUGUCGUUAUCCAUGUAGGAAUCAACAAUCUUUUAUCAAGUCAUCUAAAUGCAGCGUCAGAUAACAAAAUUGCCGAACAGAUCCUGGACAUCGGAAAAAAAUGUGUGCGUAACGGAGUAAAAAAAGUUUUUAUCUCUGCCUUGGUUACGAGCAGACGUGUCGACUCUAAUAGAAUAAACAGUAUUAACAAACUAUUAAGAGAAGGAUAUGAUCUACACGGUUAUGGCUACAUCAGACACAACAAUAUCGGAGAAGAACACCUAUGGAAAGAUGGCAUACAUUUACGAGAGAAUGAUCAGCAGGGGUAUUCAAUAGGCUUGGACUAG